AUGGGUGCCUUUAUAAUCCUGCCACUCCGCACCUCCAGACAGCAGGUGCGGUCCUCCUCGCGAGAUGCGACUGGCACCUCCCCACUAGGCGACCCACUGCUGAACAGAACACCUCUCCAGAUGCGCAUCAGGAAUACGUCAGGGCAGUUACAGUUUGAGUCUGUCUUGCUGCUCGACGCCUGGCUUGUGCCACUUGUCUUCGUCAUCUUUAUGGUCUUUGGGGUUUGUGGGAACUCUAUAGUCCUGUAUGUCAUUCUCAAGCGUAGGAAAAUGAGGACGGCAACAAAUGUUUACAUCGCAAGCCUGGCGUUAACGGACAUAAUCUUUCUGGUGUGCUGUGUGCCAUUCACUGCGGCGCUUUAUGCCUGGCCAAGUUGGGUCUUUGGAAACUUCAUGUGCAAACUGGUCAGCUAUAUCCAACAGGUGUCUGCCCAAGCCACCUGUAUCACCCUGACAGUGAUGAGUGUGGACCGCUGGUACGUGACUGUGUACCCCAUUCGCUCCUUGCAGUACAGAACCCCAGUCGUGGCUGCUACCGUCAGCCUUGGGAUAUGGAUAGGGUCGUUUCUGCUGUCCGCACCGGUGCCUCUGUACAGCCGCACUGUGGUGGAGGAGCAGCAUGGGUCCCAGGUAAUCUGUGCCGAGCUCUUCCCCACGGCGUUGCAUAAGAGAUUCUUCAUCCUCUACAACUUCCUGGCCGUCUACCUGCUGCCAUUGGUCACCAUCAGCCUCUGCUACCUGCUCAUGCUCCACCAGAUGGGACGGCCCACCGUCGAACCCUUGGACAACCAGCAGCUGCAGGUGUUGACGGAGCGUUCAAAGGCCUUCCGGGCGCGUGUGUCCCGUAUGGUCGUGGUGAUGGUGCUCCUCUUCCUGCUGUGCUGGGGCCCCGUGCAGCUCUUCAUCCUGGUCCGCGCCUUCAGCCCCCACUUCCGCAUCAGCUACUGCACCUACAAGCUGAAGAUCUGGGCCCACUGCAUGUCCUACCUCAACUCCUGCGUCAACCCCGUGGUCUACGCCUUCAUGGGGGCCCACUUCCGCAAGGCGUUCAGGAGGACCUUCCCCUGCGUGUUCAAGCAGCGCGUGGGGGCUGCUGCUGAAACCGCUGCUGCUGCGGCUGCCACUACUGCUGCUGAUAUGGGACCACAGAGCAAUAGAAGUGCUGCCACCCACACUGAGAUGCAAUGUGUCUCGUAA